AUGACGCGGCGGCAUGAUGGUCACCACGACACGCACGCGCGAAUACUGACGGAGCAUCAGGAGUUACUGGAGUCUAGUAUCAGCGAGCAGCUGGGCCCACUGGCGGGGUUUCUCGUGCAUGCACUUAACCGGCGCGGCCCCUUGACGCUAAAAGAAGUUGCGGAUGCCGUAAAGCGUGAGCCGUUUAACAAUCCACUCCAUACUGGCGAUGCGACGAAGCACAUCGGGUGUCCACUUGCCGUCCCUGUGACGGCGGGUGACAUGGCAACGGAUGCAGCAAUCAAGGAGAUUAUGGCACGGCUCGUGCUACAUCGUGUUGUGUGCUACGAUACGGAGAAUCACGUUUAUAGCGUUGCUCUUGGCUACGGCCUUUUUUUGCGUACUCUGUUUCCGCUGGUGAUGCAAUUUUUUCAGCGUCGUUACGGUGAGACGGGGGUGACGCUGCUGAUGGUGUUCUAUCAACUUGCGACGGUGCCGCGGGAUGCGGCGGUGCGGCUGGCGAUGGAGCGGCGACCAGCACUCAGCGAGGCCCUGCGACACUGCGCGCACGAGAUGGAGCGGCUAGGGUUCAUUGAAUAUUUUUCCGCAGGAGGGAGCGCUGAGGCGGCGGCAACGACAACAACUCAUUCAACAGGUCUCUCACCGGAUCCCUGCCGCCUCCAUGUUGGCAACAUCCUUGCCGAGAUGCUGCAUGACGCUAUUCAGCAACAACUUCUUGCCGAACGUUUUGCAGAUGGCGGUGUGGCGGCUGCUGUGAUGGAGGCAUUCACGACGGCGACUCGUACCCGCCGUUUAGUGGAGCGCUCGCACGGGUUUCCCCCCGUUCAUCCCCGCACAAGCGCCUCACUGCCCCUGCGUGUUCUGCUGCGGGAGGUCCCAAUGGCGGAGGGUGUUGUCGUGGAGGCUGUCAGCCGCAUGUGUCGUCCCGACGGCGACUCUCUCCUGAGCAAUGAUGGCACUGCCACCGUGGCUAUUGAAGGCCCAUACCGUUUCCGUUACGAUGCCGCCAUAGAGGCCAUGCAGCGAGAUUGUUGUGAGCGUCUUGUUUUUGCGCGACACGGGGUGCUGGGCGUGCGGCUUAUGAAAUUGCUGCUGCAACACCACAACAUGGAGGACCGCAUGCUGGCGGAAGAGGCCAUCGCCACGCUUUCCCGCACCCGUGAAGUGUUGCACGCCAUGUUGCGCGACGGAUAUGUUCGACAGCAGGAGGUGCCGAAGAGCGGUGUUAUGGCAGACCGCCAACCGAAGAACUCCGUGUUCUUGUGGGGCUGCAGCAUGGAGAAGGAUCUGCUACCAGCAGUGCGCAUGCAGGUCGCCAAGGCUCUUCGUAUUUCCCUUGCACGGCUCUCAGUGGAAAGGCAGACGGCGACGAGUAAAGUGGCAUCGUUUACUACUACUACUACUACUGGUAGUAACAAUAAUAAUAAUCAUCAUAAUAAUUGUUGUGCCGCCUCGUCCACGGCGGCAACGAGCGUUGCAGCGGGUCUUUCCUUGACAGCAGGCAUACGAGGGGAUACAGGGGAGGUGAUUGCUGAAACGCUGCGAUGCCAGCGCGCGGUGGCGGCUUUGGAGAGCUCCGUCUCUGCAUUGAUGGGUACGAUGUUGGUGCUUGACUUUUACUAA